AUGGUUUGUGAUGUCGGAGCCAUUCAAGAGAUGUCGGUGUUGAACACAGAAAAGGAAGUCAGAGGUUUCCUGGGAUGUCUGCAAUAUAUUAGUAAGUUCAUUUCCAAACUGACGAUGGUUUGUGAUCCCAUCUUCAAACUUCUGAGGAAACAUCAACCUAUUGUGUGGGAUGAACACUGUCAGGAAGCCUUCAACAUAAUCAAGGAAUACAUGAUGAAGCCAUCGGUACUUAAGCCGCCAAAGGAUGGCAAGCCGCUAUUCCUAUACUUGGCCUUGGAGAAAGAAGUUGUGGGGGCAAUGGUAGGGCAGUAUGGACCUAAUGACGUGGAGCAUGUGGUCUAUUACCUUAGCAAGAACUUGUUGCCUUACAAGUCAAAGUACAACCUCGUGGAAAUGACGUGCCUAGCCAUGAUAUGGCUACAAGGAAGUUAA